CUUCGUGUUUAUCAUUUGAACUGGGCCUACAAUCUUCCAUUUACUAUUUACUAUUUUAUUGUUGGCGUUAUUCUAAUAACUAUUACCUUCGCAAUAAUCUGGAAUCACUAUCGUGACAAUUGCAAGAAAGAAGUGCGCAGUUCUAUAAUUCGCAAGCGCCAGCUCUUAGCGAUAGCUUUUGAUCAUGCUCUCGCUUGGCAAUAUGAGCAAGAAGAAAGGCUUUUGACCUCUCCCUUAAACUCUACAGGUGUCACUCCUGAAACGGUAGGAACAGGCCUGUGCAAAUUCUGCUUGCCUAAUGGCUUUCUCGGCAGGCCUGAGAGCCCCAGCCUUUCAUGCAACUCCGAUAUAACGCAGCCCUUCUCUUGGUUCUGCCUAUAUACAUCCCACUGCUGUAACUCCAGACGUCAGGUUAAAACGGAUCAAUCACGUCAGUUCCAGGACUGCUCACAAGAGAUUCGAGUGAUGCAAGUCCGUCGUCAAAGAAUGAAACGCUCUACGUGGGUAAAGCUUCUACAUCGUCUGAAGCCGGGAAAUUGGAGCGAUUGUCAUGCCAAUUUGCUUUUCGAGCUCCUGGCCGGGCCAAAAUCAUCGCAGCUUUGUAUGUAG